GUCUCAUCUAUCGAUAGAUCGAUAGAUCCGCCCACUCUACAGUACUGCGGUACCAACGAUAUAGAGUAGACCAUGCCGUCAGCAACAGCAGAGUCCGCCUACGAUCCUCGGGCUCGUUCCUGUGCUUGGUGUUAUGCCGUGCUGCUGACUACAACAACUGGUGGAGUUGGAAGUGGUGUAUCUUGUGCCGCCUGUCCACGUUCGUUUUGCAGUGGUCCUUGUCGGGAUAUGGAUUGGUCGACGCAUUCCUUUUGGUGUGGCAAAGCGGGUGAAAAGGGCGUCGAUUUUGAGAUUUGUCACAUAUCCGGCAAAGGCUUGGGGAUGAUUGCCAAGCGAUCUUUUGAACGCGGCGAAAAAAUUUUAGCGGAGAGACCCGUCUUGACGACGACCAAUGUGGUGGCCACGUGUAAUGAUCAAACCAAUACCACUGCUGCGGCCAAUGAAAGCAUUCGCGUGGCUGCCAUGUCCUUGACACCUCUCCAAGGCAGUUUGGACGACAAAGUCCAUGCCAAUGGGGUGUGUCUGGAAUCGCAAGAUCCAGAACAACCCACUCCACCUCCACCACCACAAACAACUACUACUAGUAAUAGUGAUGACAAGGAAAAUUCAGAACAAGAUGACGACGAUGACGAUGACAACAUGGCAGCCGGUUUGUUCUUGACAUUUUCCCGUGUCAACCACGACUGUCUGGGAAAUGCCGAUCACUACUUUGAUCAUCAACAUGGCGUCGAAUUGCUCGUGGCCAAUCAUCGGAUUGAAGCGCAGACGGAAAUCACCUUUCCGUACACGCGAUCCGGCAAACAACGACAAAUCUGUCUCGAAUGGAGAGGAUUCACAUGUCACUGCAAAGCCUGUCAGAUUCCCUUUUGGAACGAUCAAGUCAAUGCCAUGUGCACCCUCGACUCUAGAAUUACUCAAUUGGGAGGAUGCUCUUGCGACCAAAAACGCGCCAAGGCCGUCCAAUCCGCCAAGACGUUGCUCGUCAUUUACGAUCGCGUGCAAGCAUCGUGUCGCGAUUAUGCUCGGGUCCAUUACGAUCUCUUUCAAAUACUGGUGCUGCAAAAUGAUACCAUGCCCGAAGCACGACGACACAUGCUGUUGGCGCAUGACUAUGCAUUGUCGUUUUGUGGAUACGACCAACACGAAACCGUUCUCAAAUAUAGAGGAUAUGUCGAUCAUCCCGAACGGCAUGGCAAUUAUCGAGCCAUUGAUUGAAUUGAAAUAUUGAAUUGAAUUGAUUUGAAUUGCUUGGCUUGCAAGGAAGCGUCACCCGAAUACAUUAUUCGGGGAACAAACAAAGAAAAAGGUGGAUGGAACGGCUUGUUGGUUUGAAAAUCUGGGAGGCGGACUGUUUUUUAUAUGGAGUGAAUCCAUCAAUCAAUCAACGUCGCUUGCUUGCUGGAGGAAGACCCCUGGUCUUUGUGGUGUGGUGGCGGAAUGGCUGAGCGUGGCCAAUGAUUUGGAAUCAAUGGUUGCAGGAUCAAGCACACUCACAUCCAGAGAUCUCUAGCUAGAUUGGUAAUAAAAUAUACCCACUAGCUAGCUAUAUUGGUUCAACAACAACAACAAAUGAAACACAGGUAACUUGGCUCAUCGUACGAUAGCAAUAGGAUUCGUUCGCUGCAUGGUUGGCCAGAAGCGGUAUGCCGGUAGCAGGGAACGUUUGGCGACUUCUGGAUAUUGGUCGUCUCCAUUCCAAGACGAUCUUUCCUGGCAUCCCCCGUGUUACGGUACGGUACGUACAUUCUCAGUUGCUUGGAAAGGGCAGU